GUUUUUCGCUGCGGCUUUUGCGAACCGCAGAUUUUCCUGCUGCUACUGCAAUGCAUCUGCUGCAUUGCCGCUUUCUCCCCUUCACACUUGGUCCUAAUCCCCCUCCCCCCGAAUUUCCUGCUUCUGCCCAAUAGAGACUCCGCAGAAACCCGGAAGCAAGCCCAACCCCAUCGACAACAUGCUCAAGGCCCACGACAUAGUGCCGCCCAACUGCGAGCCCUUGCCUGGCAACGCCCAGAGCGAUUCCGUAGCCAGCGUCUCCAGCACUGAGCAUACCAUUGGUGCUGCGUCCACCUGGGCCACAUCCGCUCCCUUCGUCAGACAGCCUAGCGUGCUAGACAUGGCAACGAGCGUUGCACUCGAUAACUCGCUCUGCUCGCCCUUAAACUCGCAGGGCACGCCGACCCUGACAUAUGCGACACAGCUCCACACCCCGCUAGUCACCACUGCGGCCAUCGCGACCCCGAUGGCCAUGUCCAUGCAUGUCAGCGGCAGCGACAACGCGCUGCUGUUUACGCCCGAGAUGUUCCCCAUUGCAAACUCGGCGGGCAUGUCGCAGAUGGGCAUACUAGCCAGUGGCAACGCAUCGCCCCGUUCUAUCAACAGCGUGUUGGUCAAGCAAAACAGCGUGUCUCCGAUCAGUCUUGCACCCGCUGCAGGUGCUGCGGCUCUUCAGAGCAUGCACGCCAUCCCGUCCAUUGGGCCGGUGAUGUCUAUGCCAGUGCUCUCUGCACCGGCCUCUAACGCCCCGUUCUCUUUUGCCACUGCUGAUGCCUCCCUCAGCUCUAUCAGCAAGGACUACCAGCAGCACGCAUAUUGGUACCCGCAGCAGCCAACACCGCCGCAGUACAACAGCACCUACAUUCAGAGGCAGCAGCAUCAGAUUCAGCAGCAGGAGAUGUAUGCAAGCUCCAGCGAACUAGCGCUCCAGCAAAUAGGUAGGAGUAGCGAUAACUACCGGAAUACCACUGCCCGUAGCGGAAAGCAGAAGGAGCGUCUGGGAAUAGCGACUCAGGCGUUUCCUACCGCUGCCACUGACCCAGCAGCAGCGGCAGCGGCAGCAGCAGCGCGUCAAACCAUUCAUGGAGUGAGGACAGAGAACGCGUCCUUCCCGGUACUCCUUCACAGGUAUGGCCCUUUGCCUUUCCUUGCAUAUUGUAAAGAGGCACUGCGCAGUGCCCAUGUCAUACUUGUGCCUUUCAUACUGCCCCAUGUAUCACUUGCGCAGGCGCUGAAUCGAUUUGUCCAGGAGACAUAGCGGUCUCUUGCGCACAGUCUUUUCCCGCCAAUGGUUUGCUUCUAUUUUUGCCCGUCUAUCAGUUUACCAUGGACUGUACACAUGCAUCUGCGUAUUCCUCGGCUGGCUUUGGAAAUUGCUUGUCUGCCUGUGUGCUCUUCUGCCUCUGGGCUAACCUGCUCCUCAUAGCGUUG